AAUUUGAAAUUUUUUGCCAUUCAUCAAUUGAUUAAAUCUUUUCUACAACUACAACUACAACAACAACAACAACGACGGAAAUGGUGAUAUUAAUGGUGAACAGCAAAAAAAAAACUCUGAAUGAAAAUGGAAACAACAUAUACUUGUAUAAUAAGCAUAUACGACAAUCAUAAUAAUAAUGAUGAUGACAAGAAAAAUUUCUAAUCAAUCAAUUAAUGAUCAUUUUUUUUAAAUAUCGAUCUACCUUUUUUUUCUUAUUAUUUCUACACAUGUCAAUUUCAUAUAUAUUCAUUUGUAUUAUAUAGCCAAUCAACAUUAACCAAUAUAUAUUGUUUUUGAUUUGUCAACGGAAAUCUUAUUGGCCAUUCUGUUGAAUUUUAAUUUAUUCAAAUUGUGUAUGUGAGUGAGUGAGUGAGUGCAUUCAAUCAAUAACGAUAACAACUACGACGACGACGACGAAGAAAAGUACAUUUUCUUCGAAUUUUUUAUCCAAUUCAAAAAAAAAAUUGAAUUAUUGCCAAUAAUAAUCACUGUUUGAUAAUAAUAAUAAUAAUAUAAUAAUUUGCCAUCAUCAUUAUCAUGGAUGUUUUACCUGAUAUAAUUACACCGGAACAAGAAAAGAUAUUAAAUAAUUUUCUUCAAGCGGUCAAUAGAUCACGUAUACAGAAUAAUGAACCAUUAAUGCGUGCACGUACAGCAUGUAAAUUUUUAAUGGCACGUAAAUUUGAUCUAGAUCGUUCAUUAAUGUUAUAUAAAUCACAUGAAACGAUAAGAUUUCGUGAAGGAUUAGUAAAAUUUGAUCCAUUAAAGGAUCCGUUAAAACAUGAAUUGGAAACGGGAAAAUUUACAAUACUUCCAAAACCGGAUAGGACUGGUUCAAUGAUUGCAAUGUUUUCCGCUGGCAAACAUAUACCACAGGAAACGACACAUCAAACAACAUUACAAGGUGUCGUCUAUCAAUUGGAUGUUGCAUUAGACGAUGUUCAAGCACAAAAAUCCGGAAUCAUAUUUAUUUAUAAUAUGAUUGGAUCAAAAUAUAAUAAUUUUGAUUAUGAACUAAGUCAUAAAAUUUUAAAUCUAUUAAAAGGUGCAUAUCCAGGAAGAUUGAAAAAAGUUUUAAUAUUAUCGGCACCAAUGUGGUUUAAAACACCGUUUCGAAUAUUACAAUUUUUCAUACGAGAUAAAUUAAGAGAUCGUGUACAUAUGAUUAAUUUAUCGCAAUUAUCAUUACAUAUAACAACAGAAUUAAUACCAAUAGAUCUCGGUGGUACAUAUCAAAUUAAUCAUCAACAAUGGUUAGAACAUUGUUUACAGAUACAUAAAAAUGAUAUGGGUGAUCUAUGUCCAUCAUUACCAUCGGAUAAAACAUUGUUUCCAACACCACCAUCAUCGAAUGUAUCAUCAUUGAAUAAUUCACCAAUUGGUACAAUGAAAAAUAAUACAUUUUCAUCAACAUCCUCAUCAUCAUCAUCAUCAUCAUCAUCAUCAUCAUCAACAACAAUAUUAUCAUCAACAUUGGCCAAACAUUCAUUUAUGAAUAAUUUUCUAAACAAUGAUAACCAUUCUGUGAAUAGUAAUAAUAAUAAUAAUUCAGAUAUAACGACAACAACAACAUCAUUUCCUUCACCAUUAAUUAAUGGUUGUAAUAAUAUGACAACAUUACAGACUAUUAUGAAUAAUAAUAAUGUUAAUUAUAAUAAUAAUAAUAACAAUGUUGAUGUUGAUAAUGGUCCAUCACCGAUUGGUCAACCAAAUGAAAUUGAAUCAUUUUUAGAAAUAUAUGAAGAAAUUGAUGAUGAUAUUGAAGGCAUUACAUUAGAAGAAUUUCUACAACAUCUUAAUCAAAAAAAACGUAAAGGAAUGUUUGAUGAAUAUAAUGAAAUAAAAAUGACACCACCUACCGGUACAUUUGAUACGGCACGUAAUAAAGCUAAUCAACAGAAAAAUCGUUAUGUUGAUGUAUUGAGCUAUGAUCAUAGCCGUGUACGAUUACCAAUGAUUGAUAAUGAUCCUAAUUCUGAUUAUAUUAAUGCCAAUUAUGUUGAUGGUUAUCGACAGAAACGAGCUUUCAUUUCAACACAAGGUCCAUUGACAAAAACAUUUGUCGAUUUUUGGAGAUGUAUUUGGUAUAAUAAAACAAUUGUGAUUGUAAUGACUACACGAACAAUGGAAAGAUGUCGUGCCAAAUGUGGCCAAUAUUGGCCAUUAGAUGAGAAAGCAACAUUGAAAUUUGGUAAUUUUCUUAUCAUCAAUAAUCAUGUUGAUCAGGAUAAAGAUUGGAUGAUAUCCAAUCUAACAUUGGUCAAUACUGAUACGAAUGAACGUCGUACUAUUGUUCAUAUGCAAUUUACUAGUUGGCCUGAUUUUGGUGUUCCACAAUCAGCCAUUGCAAUGCUCGAAUUUCGACAAAAAGUUCGAGAUUAUCAGAAACAAUAUCUAAAAACGAUUGAUUGGAAAGGCCAUCCUUUAGGACCACCAAUUGUUGUCCAUUGUAGUGCGGGCAUUGGUCGAACUGGCACAUUUAUCACUAUUGAUAUCAGCAUACAACGACUAGAUGAUCGUAAUCGUAUUGAUAUUAAAAAAACUGUUGAAAAAAUUCGUCUACAACGUGCCUAUAGUAUUCAGAUGCCCGAUCAAUAUGUAUUCUGUUGUUUAGCCGUACUUGAAUAUGCAAUGUGGAAAGGUCUAUUGGAAAAUGUAAAUUUAACAAAAUUUGAAGAAAGUGAUCAAUCAGAUACUGAUGGUGAUUGAUUUCAUAUCGAUUACAUCCAUCUUUUAUCACAAUGAAUUGUUGUAUGUGAACAAAAGAUGAAAAUUAAUCAUCCACUGCAAAAAACUCAUAUAACACACACACACACACACAUCACAAACACGGAAACUAACAAAUCGACCCAAUUUUUUUCAAUAAUUUAUCAAAUCCCGCUAAUCAAUUGACAACAAAAUGUGAUUGAACCCAGAAACCAUAGUGAUCAAAAUACAAACAUAUACAAACACUCACUUGAAUUUGUCAAUUUUUUUUCUUCUAAAUAGCCAAAAUACUUGUAGAAAUUAGCAAUCAAAUUUAUCAUUCAAAGUUGCAUAAUUAUUUUUUUUUUUUUUUGCAUGAAUUCAAAUCAAUUUAGUAUCAU